GUGCAAUUUCUUCACUGUAUUUUUUCCUUUUAAAAUAGAAUUUGAAAAUAUAAUAAAUAAAUAAAAUAGCAUUUGAAAUCGAGUAAGUUGACCCAACUAGAAAUGUGCAAAAUAUGAAUUAAGAAAAUACAGUUUUAGGACAUAAAAAGGGGCACCUCGGUGGCUCAGUCGGUUAAGCAUCUGACUCUUGAUUUCAGCUCAGGUCAUGGUUUCAGGGUCGUGAGAUCAAGCCCUGCAUCCGCAUGGAGCCUGCCUAACAUUCUCGGUUCCUCUCCCUCUGCCCACCCCCCCCCAACUUGUGUGUGCGCACACACUCUUUUUCAAAAAUAAAUGAAUAAAUAACAUAUAAAAUAGGGAGUGAAUAAAUGGAGAGAUUUUUCUUGGAUGGGAAACUGUAUUGUGAAGUUGUAUUUCUUUCAUUUAAAUCUCAGUGCAGUUGCCUCUCCUGAGAUUCUUUUCUUUUGGUUGUUUUUGUUUUGGGGGAGACUAGGUAAUCCAGUAUUACUUAGAAACUUAUUUGGAAAAGUUAAUGCUUGAGAAUAAACAACAAAAAAAAUACAAAAAUUACAGAAUUAACUAAUAGGAUCCCAUUCCGUGAUUAUAAAGUUACAGAAUUAACUAACACAACUAACAGUUUUAUUCUUGCACAACAGUAAACACAAAAAUCAAUUUUUAGAAAAUUGGUUGUGCAGAAACAGACCCAGGAAUUUAUGGAAUUCAGUAUGUAGCAAAGAUGGCAUUUCAGAUCAGUGGGGAAAAAGGGUGGGCCUAAUUAAUAUUUCCACUUGGUGGAAAAGAAAAGCUAUAUCUCUUUACCAUCAAAUAUCAAAACAUAUUUCCAGUGGACUAAAUAUGUAAAUGAUAAAAAAUAACAAAACUACUAAAAUAAAAUAGAAGAAUAUUUUUAGUAUAUUUCUCUACAGAGGUAGAGAAAGCCUUUUUUAAUAAGCUUGAAUUGAAACUAGAAGCCAAAGGGCACCUGGGUGGCUCAAUUGUUUAAGCGUCUGUCUUCAGCUUGGGUGGUGAUUUCAGGGUCCUGGGAUCAAGCCCCUUGUCAGGCUCCCUGCUCAGGAGAGAGUCUGCCUCUCCCUCUGUGCCACCCCACCCCCACUCAUGCUCAUGCUCUCUCUCUCAAAAAAAAAAUUUUUUUUUUUUUUUUUUAAAGAAAAAAAAGCAGGGGCGGGGGAAAGAAGGGGGUGCAGCACGUGGGUGGCUCAGUCAGUUAAGCAUCUGCCUUCGGUUCAGGUCACGAUCCCAGAGUCUUGGGCUCAAGCCCCACGUCACACUCCCUGCUCAGUGAGGGGCCUGCUUCUCCCUCUCUCUCUCUCUCUCUCUCUCUCAAAUAAAUAAAAUCUUAAAAAACAAACAAAACCAAAAAAAAAAACACCUAGAAGCCAAAAAGGAAGGAAGAAAAUCUAGAGAUAAGAGCAAUUUAAAAUUAUCGAUCAGCAGAAGACUCCAUUAACAAAUAAAUACAGAUCGGGGUGCCUGGGUGGCUCAGUCAGUUAAGCGGCUGCCUUCGGCUUAGGUCAUGAUCCCAGGGUCCUGGGAUCGAGCCCCACAUCCGGCUCCCUGCUCAGUGGGAAGCCUGUUCCUCCCUCUCCCACUCCCCCUGCUUGUGUUUCCUCUCUCGCUGUGUCUCUCUCUGUCAAAUAAAUAAAAUCUUUAAAAAAAAAACAAAAAACAGAUCUUUUGCAGAGUGGACACCAUGAGCAAAGCUCACCCACUCCCAAGUUGAAACAAUUUAUGGACCAGAAAUUAUCACUGAAAUUAAAUGGUGGCGGACACAUCCAAGGAAUAUUGCAGGGGUUCAAUCCCUUUGUCAAUCUUGUGAUACACGAUGAAUGUGUGGAAAUGGCAACUAGUGGGCCACAGAACAAGAUUGGAAUGGUUGUAAUAUGAGGAAAUGGUAUCAUGUUAGAAGUCUUGGAACGAGUAUAAACAAUGGGUGUGUACUCUGGAAGAAAUCAACUGCUUCCACAUGUCCUCUCUCCAAAGCACCUGUUUUACUACAAUAGAAAAAUCAG